AUGCUGGGCUGGAUUAAGUGCCUGCUGAGGAUGGUGGUUCAGCGAGUUGGGCUCAGCAUGCAGUCGGUACUUUGGUCUGGAAAGCCAUAUGGUUCAUCUCGAAGUAUCGUAAGGAAGAUUGGUACCAACUUGUCUCUUAUUCAGUGUCCAAGAGUUCAGUUUCAGCUUACCAGCCAGGCAACAGAAUGGAGCCCCGCCCACCCGGGAGAGAACGUGGUGGCAUCUUUUGCUGAUGUUGGAUGGGUAGCCACAGAAGAAGGGGAGUGUUCAACAAGACUCAGGGCAGAGGUCAGGGCCAAGUCUCCCCUUGAGGAUGACCGUCCUUGCUCUGAGGAGCCCCCAAGCACGCACAUUACUUUACCAAACUUGUCUCAAGAUGAGCCUCCUCCAAAGACAACACUGGCCAGUGAGGAGGCCUUGCAGAAGAUCUCCGCACUUGAGAAUGAGCUUGCUGCCCUUAGAGCUCAGAUUGCCAAGAUUGUGACCCUGCAGGAACAACAGAGUCUUAAUGCAGGUCACUGUAGCACCACUGUAGCACCACCACCACCACCGCCCCCUCCUCCACCACCGCCCCCUCCUCCCCCUCCAUCAAUGCUCCACCAAAGUAUGUCUGCCGUUGAUCUGAUUAAAGAGCGAAGAGAGCAAAGACUCAGUGCUGGGAAGACUCUGGCUAAGAGCCACCCGAAGCCGCCUGAUAUGCCGAACAUGCUAGAGAUCCUAAAAGACAUGAACAAUGUGAAGCUGCGGUCAGUCAAGAGAUCGGAGAAAGAUGUAAAGCCUAGGCCAGUGGAUGCUACUGACCCUGCUGCCCUCAUAGCAGAGGCUCUGAAAAAGAAGUUUGCCUAUCGGUAUCGACACAAUAGCCAGGGUGAAGUUGAGAGAGGAAUUCAAAAGCCAGAACCGGAGGCUACCUCAGAGCCAGCCCUGUUUGGUCCGCAUAUAUUGAAGUCUACAGGGAAAAUGAAGGCUUUAAUUGAAAAUGUUCCGGACUCCUAAUGGACAAUGAGUUCAGAAAGACUCCUGGUUCACCUGUUGGCUUGCAGAGCUGAGUGUGGCUGGUAGAGAUCACCAGUGUGUAGUAAAUUCCUGGCGGUAGUAUUCAUUGGUCUCCUUCUUAGCCUAAUUAGAGGAGUGAGAGGUAGUGGAAGCACCAGAGGUUGGUUUGGCUCUUAGGAGAUCUCGGCCAGGUCUGGAGCUUUCCUUAAUACACAUGUAUUAUGACAUGUUUUUAAUAGGUUUAAUAUUUGUAGGGUCUCAGAAUUCAGACAUGCCAUUUGUGGAUGUUGCUGUUCAUUCUCAAUUCUUAACACUACCUGUUAAUGUUUUAUAUGCACACAUUUGUGUAUAAAACAGUAUGUAAAAACUCGUGAGGAAUGCUAUCAGUGAGAAUCCUGUUAUCUUGAGUUUACUGGUCAGUGAGGGAGGAGCCGGUGUGCCCUGUUAGUGGAGGACAGUGUUGGAGAUGGGAGUGCUUUGAAUAGGAUUUACAAAUGUUCUCAUUGUUUCUUUCCUCCUGGAGCUGAGUUUACAUAAGCAGCAACAGAUGUUUACUGCUGAGUUUCCAUAUUGCUUUCUGUUAGAGGGAACCGAGGGCCCGGAAGGCUAAGCCUCAUUGCCAUCCAAUCCUAGGAAGUCAAUGUACUUCUCAAGUAGUAACAAAUCCAAUUAUUGAAUUAAAUCUCUUUUUAAAUAAAAGCCAGAAUGUACCAUCUUUCUUUUCAGUUUAAUGAAUGGCCUCAAAAAGAUGAUUUAUUGCUAAAUUAGGUUUUAAGUUGUCCAAGUUUACUAUUGACAUGAUGAAAAAGUUUACUAUUGACAUGAUUAAACACAAUGACCAAAAAAGCAACUUGGGAAGGCAAGGGUUUGUUCAUCAAAGUUCCACGUAAUAGUUUGUCAUCAAAAGCAGCGAGAGCAGGAACGCAGACAGGGCAGGCUCCCGAAGCAGGAGCUGAUGUGAAGGCCAUGGAGGGUGCUGCUUACUGGCUCGUUUCCUAGGGAACCCAGGACCACCAGCCCAGGGGUGACUCCAUCCACCAUGGGCUGGGCCUUCCAUCAUCAAUCACUAACUAAGAAAAUGCCUUACAGCUGGGUCUUAAUGGCGGCGUUUUCUUAGUUUGGGUUCCCUCCUCUCAGAUGACUCUAACUUGUGUCAAGCUCACACAGAACUAGCCAGCACAAUACAAAGUGUCAGCAUAACUAAAUUUAUAAAUUUUAAAUAUUGGUCAAAAUAUCCUUUCUAAUGAAACAUUACUGACUAGGUGCAUAAAUACCUUUUCAGUUGUUUAUCAUUGGUCAGCCGAUUGAUUACGUUAUGCAGAUAACCGUAGGCGUUUCUAGAAAGUUGAAAACUGCCUUUUAUUAUCCAGGGCUUGAAAGGACUUGUUAUAAUUUAAAGUACUUAAGUUUUCAUGAUUUUUGUUUCCGAUAAGUUCAAAUGUCUUUAAUAUCAGAAUCUCUUACCAUGAGUAAAUCUUUGUAUUAUUUAAGUCUAGCGAUUAGUUGUUCUUCCCAGGAGAAUUAAGAGAUGGGAAGUGUAGAUAGGUAUUUUAAGUUAUUGAAAAUAUGUGCUCUAAAUCUUUAACAAAGAUUGAACUAUUUUUCAUAGUUUAGUUUAAAAUGUGGUAUGUUAUUAAUGUAUAUUGUUUCUAAAUGUUUUCUAUGGUUUGAAUACUGUCUUUUAUGAGAUUCAGAAAAUUCGUCUGACCACAUAUUUUGACCUAAGAAAUUUAUCUCAGUAUUGAAUUUGGCUAGCAUUCCAAUAUAUGAAAGUUAUUAUUUUAAAAUAAAGCAAGCUGUUGAGUUUUCUUUU